GCCCCCGGGAGCCGAGCGAGCCGCUGCUCCCUCGUGGUGUGAGGGCGGUGAUGUUUUUCCUCCCACCCACUUUGGAGUCCCCCCUCCCCCUUCGCGCGCACUCUAGCUCUCGCCACAACCUGCGAGCCCCAGACCUCGGAGGAGCGCCCCGGGGAGCUCGGAGCGCGUGCACGCGUGGAAGACGGAGCAGGCCAGUGGCCAGGAGACCUCUUCUGAGAAGGUCUGGACUUCUGACACUUGAUGGCCCAGAUUGCCUUGUGGUUCCGGCCGGGCAAGGAGCCUUCGGUCCCUUUGCUUGAUGCAAAUGAACUGUGAAUGCUUGUUUCAUGGAGGCACCUGAAUGGAUACACUUCUCAGCUUGAAUACACUGGGCCCUGAAAGGUUUGAGCGGCCUUUUGCAGUGGUGAAGAUGAGAAAAAAGUGGAAAAUGGGAGGCAUGAAAUGUAUCUUCUCCUUGUUGCUGUUCUUUCUUUUCCUAGAAGGAAGCAAAACAGAACAAGUAAAACAUUCAGAGACAUACUGUGUGUUUCAAGACAAGAAGUACAGAGUGGGCGAGAGAUGGCAUCCUUACCUGGAACCUUAUGGGUUGGUUUACUGUGUCAACUGCAUCUGCUCAGAGAAUGGGAAUGUGCUCUGCAGCCGAGUCAGAUGUCCAAGCCUCCAUUGCCUGUCCCCUGUGCAUAUCCCUCAUCUGUGCUGCCCGCGCUGCCCAGGUCACUUCCUU